AUGGACCAAUGCGAAAGCUCCUGGGUGGAGCUGCAGAUGAACGGCAAUGGCAACGGCAAACGAUAAUGGCAAUGGCAAGUCGGGGGUCUGGAGCACGUGCCCUCCUCCUCCUCCAUCCACAACGGAGACAUGGAGAAGAUCCUCCUGGAUGCCCAGCAAUGAGUCGGCCAGAGCAGCUCCAGAGCCAGCUCGCACUGCGACAGCCCUUCCCCUCAAGAAGAUGGACAGAUAAUGUUUGACGUGGAGAUGCACCCCAGCAGGGACCCCAGCUCUCAGUCCGAAGAAGAAACCAUAGAAGGAGAGAAGGACGUGGAGGUUUUGAAGAAAAGUGUGGACUGGGUCUCAGACUGGUCUAGUAGACCUGAAAACAUUCCACCAAAGGAGUUCCACUUCAGGCAUCCCAAGCGUUCUGUUUCUCUAAGUAUGAGAAAAAGUGGCGCCAUGAAGAAAGGGGGCAUCUUCUCUGCAGAGUUUCUCAAGGUGUUCAUUCCGUCACUCUUCAUCUCCCAUGUUUUGGCUCUCGGACUAGGCAUUUACAUCGGGAAGCGACUGAGCACCCCCUCGGCCAGCACUUACUGAGGGAGGGUCUCCGGCCAGGCCGUGACCUGCGUUAUCGUCUCAUCGUCCGUUUGAACUCGAGACCACUGUCCGCAUGACCCAGUCCCGCACCCCCUCCGGACAGACCCACGUUCCAGUUGCUCCCCGAACUCAGUAUUUUAGCCGAACUCCGUUUGAGACGUUUUACUAACCUCUUUUUCCCUCCCUGGCCCGCGGCUCCCUUCAGAGUUUCCUAACCGAGUUUACACUUGUCUAGAAAUGUGCAAGGGCUUCUUUCCGAUGCCGGUGUCACCAGCAGAUUAUGAUUUUGGUCAGCGAGGCCGCCGCCUCCUUUUAGUGCCACAGAGUUAGCGCUGCGCCAUUCCUUCCGGCCCAAACCUCGACUCUUCUCAAGGCGCUGCAGCCGCCGUGCCCCUCGGCAGAAAAGUCACCUGGUCAGUGGUGGUGGCCCGUGGCCCAGCCAACCUCGCUGCAGGGGGUGGGGUACUCCUGUGCCCUUGCCGUUGGUAGAUGUAAACAGCAACCAAAAAAAAAAAAAAGGAGUCCUUGGCAAUAAAAAGAAAUAUUUCAAACCAGCUUGGGGGUCCCUUCCUCUCCAAACCCCCUAGUGUGGACUAGCGCCUUUUCAGUUGUGGGAGGCAGAGACUUUUCAGGCGUGAGAACCGAAAUACAUCAGCAAAUUUUCAUACUAGUGUGUUGUCCCAAUGUCAUCUUUUCUAUGAUGUGGAACCCCGGUUUGUUGGGAUUUUUGGGGGGUUAGAGUGGUCUCGGGCCUAGAAAAUUGAGGAAAAAUUGUGUUUGAAUUUUUGGGUUUUGUGGUUGGCUUUCUCUUUCAGGGGAGGGGAAGAACACUGCCCAUGAAGAAGUUUUCUCUUCCCAAUGCUUUUUCCUUUGUGCUUUUUUUAUCUCUCUUUUCACGAAGCAGCUUUGGACAGUGUUCUGAUUGGUUUGGUGCAUUGACAUUCUCCUUGUAGGAAUUUCCUUUCUUCUGGAACCGCUUAAAACUCUGAAGAUUUCUUUGUUUGCUGAGCUGUCCAUGGGCGCGAACAGCUCUGGGGACCAGCCUGGGAGCAUUGUGCAGGGGGGUGAUUGACAAAGCCUUGAAAUACCAUCAUCUUGGUGCUCAGUGUUCCCCCUUAACUGCUGUGUACGGUCUCCCCCCUGCAUGUUUCCCCUGGGCGAAGACUGUGAACUUCAGCUCUUUCCCCUCCACACACACACACACACACACAUACAUAGACAUUCUUUUUUCCAACAAUAACGAAAUCUUGACUUUGGGAACAUCCUCCACCUCGCCCUCCACCUCGCCCUCCACCUCGCCCUCCACCUCGCCCUCCUCCUCGCCCUCCUCCUCAUCCUCCUCCUCGUCCUUCUUCUUCAGUGACACCCACUGUUUUCCAAAUGUGAAGCUGUAGUACCAAAUUGUUAGAGAGCAGCUGGGCCAGCAAGAUGUCCUCUUUUAGCUUUGAAUGGAGCUGAGAACAUGUAGCCUGACUGAAGGGUACGAAUCUGUUUUAGGGUGAAAUAAUGACUGUUUGGGACAUAGACUUUAAUAUUGAGCACUUGGAGAAACUAUUGAUUUGGAAGCUAGCAAUCUGCACACGUGAAAGAGGAGCAUCGGGCUGACCAGAGGAAAACACUACGGUAGUAGCCGGGUUGGCGACUCGGCUGAAACUGCUCUCUGCAAUUUUUUUUUGUGAGUUUUGGAGUUUUUUGUUGUUGCUGUUGUGUUUUGGGGUUUUUUCGGGUUUUGUUUUUGUUUUGGGCUGGCACCAGAUUUGAUAGAGUUGGAGAGAAAGAGAGAGAGAGAGAGAGAGAGAGAGAGAGAGAGAGAGAGAGCGUGCACAUGCAAAAGCCAAUUCCUACAAUUCCUACCCGAGCUUAAUUUUUCCAGAGAUGAGCUGGGGUCCCUAAAGCAAGGCCAAGAGUAGAUUCCUCCCUCCCCCUUCCCACCUCCAUUUAGCCUGUCUUCACCGCCUGUAGAAGUAGGUUUAGUUGGAGUUAAACCUGGAAUGGAAGGACUGGCCAAUUCUGUUCCAGAUCUCUUCCCCGUCUUAUUCCUGUCUGUCUGCCUUCUUGUUCCUGAGCCCUGGAUACCCUAAACUGGCUUUGGGCCCCCUAGUUCCUCUGUCUGGCUCGUGGGUUUCCUGAGGAGGGAAGUGAGAGUCCCCUGGAAGUGUUGGCUGAGAUGGCGUGGAAUACUGAGCUCUGAUGGAUUUUGAUAGACCCUAAGUGAAAUGGAAAAAGCUGUGGUCUACCUGUCAGUACUAAUGAAAAGCACCUCGUUUCGUAUUUAAUUGGCAGAGGUGGAGGGCGGGAAAGUGCGGGGUAGAUUUCUAUUUAAAAGGGGGACCACUCUUGAAAAGAAUUGCAUUUACCCCUUUCCCUACAAAAUAGCAAUUUCAUCCGUUGUGUGUAUGGAAUUUAAAUUUCCUUACAUGUUAGCUCUAGAGAUUAAAUCCAGCUCUACCUACUAUUUCUCAAAUGUCUGUUAAAUUAACUGUUUGCGGAAUAUUUCUGAAAGGGCAAAAUGGCCGUGUGAUCCUUCAGAGCCUGUCAUAUUCAAAAGAUCCAAGGCAGUAUUUAUUCAUCCCCUCCUCUCUCCUUCCCUCCCUCCCUCACCCCCGGUGUUAAAUCGGGAUGAAAGUCUAAGCACCCUUAAUUUUGCAGUGAACAGAGGCAGAUUGUUGCAUAAUUGGGAAGGGGGUUUCAACUAUUAAGAGUUGAAAGUUUUGUUAAGAUUAAUGUUGUUUAAAAAGCUUUAUACCUGUUUACAGUUUUGGAAAAAAAAGCAGGCUUCAUCAUUUUUCUUACAUUCAGAGAAAACUGGCUUAAAAUGUGUGUAAAUAGGAUCAAGAGCAAAAAUGCAUAAACUCGCACAUUUAAAAAAUGCGGCAAGUUAACUUGACUGCAGCCGAACGAAACACAUUUCCUCUUUUAAAAAGCAAAAGCCGAAGAGUCAGCCGUUCAGAUUUCUUUUUUCGAUGGCCACAUUUUUAGAAAUGAUUGGAGUUAUAACUGAGCCAAAGUGAUUAUUAUGCAUUCUUCAUCUAUUUAGUUAGCACUUUGUCACAUUCUAUACAGUUUACAGCACAUGUAUAAGUUCUAGCUCUAGACAUUUUGUGCCAUUAAAGCUCUCCCAAAACUGUG